AUGGCUGGUAUAGGCACGUUGCGCGACGACAACGGUGUCCUAGCGGCAGAAGUGUGUGCACCACUGCUGCUACUGUGCUGGCUCUGCUGUUGGCCAGACGACGACGGAUCCGAUUCUAGCUCAGAAAUGCAUCAACAAAAGCCUGUUAUUUCUAAUGAAUCAAGUUCGCGACACCGCACGCGCCGCUCCAAUGAACUGUUUGGCCGUCGUUUCGGAAGCAGCGCCGUGUCACUACACUUGCCGAGUACUUCCGGCGAAACGAAACAGCCUCUAUCAGCUCACAGGAGUCAUGAGGAAAUCAGAGAUCGGCGUAAGUCACACUUGGAUCCGAACGAACCAGACACACGUUACCACUCAGCUCCAAGUGUCAUAGAUGAGGUACUGCAUAGAAGAGAUUGGGAGCGUUCUACCAAAGAUCUCUACAUACCACUUAAAUCAGACAAUGAGUUUUCAAACGCUAGUGAUACCUCUGACAAAUCAGAAAAAGAUCUAGGAAAAUCCGACGAACAAAUCGUGAGUAAACCCUGCAAGAAACACCAUAAAAACAUCAAAUGUUCUCGAAAAAAACCACUCAAUAAAGAAUCAUUAAAUGAUGACGUGAAAGACCAAGAUGUGACCGAAACAUUAACUAACUUCUAUAUUGGUGAAUCAAGUAAUACCACAAGUCCCGAAUAUACGAACGAAAUCAAAGUUGACGAUAAUAUUCAAACUACAUACAAGCCAAAAGAAGCUAAACAAAGCCUUAACGAGUCCAUUAGAUGCAAGGACCGACAGAGACCAUUAGUUCCUCUGACAGAAUAUCAGGUGACUGGUUUUAAUUUGGAGGCUAUUGAUGAUAUGGAGUUGGACAGAUCUGGUGCUGUCCAUCACUCGGUGGAAUCUCGCUCAAGUCUGUAUAACACUCAUUCAAUACCUGCCCCACCGCCAUCUGUAGAGGCUGUAAGCUAUGAGUGGGAAGCCUCCUAUCUUGAAGAAACCGGUACUGCAGGCAUUUGGCGUGCUCCAGCUCCAGUGCCCCCGACCGUGUUGCCACCAGUAGGGUGGUCCAGAGCGAGGCAUGCCAGCGCUGGCGAUGUUCUAGCGCCUGUCAUUCGUCCUCAAUCAGGAGCACUUUCUGAAAGUGACCUGGACUUCGAGCUUGAGGGCUGCGAUGAGCCGCCACCAGCGUAUGAUGAAGUUCAACUCCUUGCUUCUAUUGAUAGGAAAGAAACUGCAAUAUAA